AUGCCGAUCUCCAAAAUCGGCACCAUAACCAUCGGGCAGGCCCCGCGCGCCGACAUCACGCCCAUCCUCGACGCCGCGCUGCCGCCGCACGUCACGGCCGUCCACUCGGGGAUCCUGGACGGCCUGUCGGACGAGCAGAUCGCGGCGCGGUUCCCGCCCGGCGGCGGCGGCGAGGGCGAGCCCGUCCUGACCUCGCGCCUGCUCGACGGGCGCGCCGUGGUCAUGGGCAAGGCCGCCGUGCACCGCGCCGUGCAGCUCGAGAUCGACCGCCUCGCGACGCGGGAGGGCUGCCAGGUCGUCGUGCUGCUCUGCACGGGCGAGUUCCACGGCCUCGAGUGCCCCCCCGGCGCGUGGCUGCUCGAGCCGGACAAGGUGCUCCUCCCGGCGCUCGAGGCGCUCGUGGGCCGCCGGCGGGCCGGGGUGCUCGUCCCGCUGGGCAGCCAGGUCGCCAGCGAGGUCGAGAAGUGGAAGGGCCUGCAGCGGGCGCCCGUGUUCGCCGUGGCGUCGCCGUACACGGCGGCCGAGGGGGAGGUGGCCGCGGCGGCGAGGACGCUCGUCGAGAGCGGCGCCGAGGUGAUCCUCACGGACUGCAUGGGGUACACGGCGUGGCAUAGGGAGGUCUGCCGGCGGGAGACGGAGGUCCCCGUCGUGCUGUCGAAUCAGUUUCUCGCGGAUAUCUUGAAGAACAUGCUGUGA